ACGAUGACAGUGCCAUCUCUGGGUCAGUUGUAAGAACCAGACUCUGACAUAUCUUGAAGUUUCUGGUGUGUACACUGUAGUGUUGUCAGCUGCUGUGAUAAACAAGGUUCUUGAUCACACUGCUAAUUACUGCAAUACAACCAUGGACUUCAGUACCAGAACCUCUACCAUCCACCUCAGACCAGUAGGGCCACAACAUAACUCUCCACUCUCCACAAUCAUCCAUAAACACCAGCACCCACAAUUUAAGCUUGAACGCAUGCAUCAGAUGGAAUUCGAGAGUGAUUUAGCACGUUCGUCCGAAUACAAAAGUUUCCGUAGUACAGUACCUCUUAAACAAAUUGUAGUUGACAGUGAGGCAUUGAAGGUAUGGAAACUUUAUGAUGCUGGACCAAGGGGCGUCCGUUGCCCUUUAGUGUGUCUUCCUCCUGUUUGUGGAACUGCCGAUUCCUUCUUCAAGCAAAUUCUUCCUCUCACAGCACAUGGUUAUAGAGUUAUAUCGGUGGAGUACCCAGUAUACUGGACAGUUCCUGAGUGGUGUGAAGGCUUCAGACAUCUCCUAGACCUUCUUGAGAUUGAUCGUGCUCACAUAUUAGGGGCCUCACUUGGUGGAUUUUUGGCCCAGAAGUUUGCCGAAGUCACCUUUAAUUGCCCUCGUGUUGCUUCACUCAUCCUCUGCAAUUCCUUCAUUGACACAAAGAUCUUUAACUAUGCAGAUUCUUCUUCCGUGUAA